UAACGCCGUGAACGCGCGCGGCGCGCGGCAUUGUGUGUGCAGGAGUCUACUCGGGACGUGCGGUCUUCUCCCGAGUCUAAAGGGCGAAAUCAUCUGAGACUUCAUCCCCGUUUACUGCGAGGCAGCGCGGCUCAUACGAUUCAUUAUGGGAAACCAGUUUGGAAAAGUACGAGAAACUUCGUCAAACAAUGCUGAAACGGCUGAAGAAGCGAAGACUGCGGAGGAGACCGAAGCUGGACAACCAGCGGAGGACUCUGGGAUGACGCAGGAUCUAGGUGCCCAGAUUCAGGGGCAAGUGGCACAGUUGGUGUGUUCCAUCACUGAAGAAUUGGUGUUGAAUAGUGGAGUGGAUAAGGUUGUUAAUGCUGAGCCCGAGCCCGUGGUGAAGGAAACCCCAGCACCAGUCCAACCCGAGCCGCUGGUCUCACUCAGCCUAUCAUCAGCUCCAGAACCAAAACCUGUUGCUGAAGCUCCGCUAUCUCCAGUUCCUGAACCACUGCCUGGACCAGAGGCAGUUUCUAAACCAGAGCCGGUUCAAGAACCAGAUCCAAUUCACAAACCACUGCCUGAACCAGAGCCAGUUCAAGAACCAGAUCCAGUUCCUGAACCAGAGGCAGAAGUUGAGGUAGUCUCUGAACCCAUUUCACAGUUGGUACUGGCAGCGACUGAGGCCGUAGAGCUGAAGACGGACCUCCUUAGCCAAGAGUCUCUCCCCGAGCCAGCAAUUUCUUCACCACCUUUGAUCAACCUAGGUGCCCCUGAGGAAGAUGCCCAACCGGUGGACAUUCCUCCCUCCCCAGCUCCGGUCGAUGCCAAAGAGCCGGCAGACAUCCCAGAGACCGAGGAAUGCCAAAAGAGUGCUGAGAUUUCUGUCAUUCCCACAUUUGAGCCUGAAAACCGCGAGGAGGCAUCCGAGUCAGGGGAAAAGGCGAUGGAGGCGAAGGGUGGAGUGCAUUUGGAGCAGCUCGUGAGUGAUGUCAGCGAUGACAGUCUCAGUGGACUGCUGAAGAACUUGGAGCUGAAAGGAAACGACCUUGUCGCUGACCUCGUUCCGGCCGACGUCCAGAUACCUGACGACGUGAGCACUUCCACCGAGCUGAUGUGAAAGCGUGGAAGAGGAAUCCUUUUUAAGAAGUGAAAGGACGUUAUUCCUGUGAAACCCCUAACGUGAAUUCCAAAACAAGCUGGGAUGCAAUGUUUCUUUCUCUCUCACUUAAGUGGCCUAAUAAAGGCAAAAAUGUAUGUAUCUAAAUGAACAUGUGCCAUUGGGGCUUUAUUAUGAGUGGACUUAAGUGUAUUGCUGGACAACAGAGAUCUUCCUCUAUGCAAAUGCACCUAGCAAGAAUUUUAAAAGAAACGAUAACACUGCAUGGAAAAAUCUGGAAGGGAAUCAUUUUGCUGUUGCCUGAGUAAAAAGGGAAAAGCAGAAGUGUCCUGAGUUGGAUACCAGUAUGUGAGUCGGCAUUAGUGGGUAAAUGCAAAUCCAUAGGCAAGGGACAGUAGCAAUGAAACAAGGUGGAGACAUUAUAUGCUAUUGAAAUAGAGUGUCUAGUGUACUAUUACGCCUUAACAUAAUCAUCUUUAAGAUUUUUUUAAAAUUUGGUGUUAUUAUUCUAAUUUAACAAUGGGAUUUCUUUUUUUUAACCUAAGUAGUGGCUUGCUUGUAAAAAUAAAAAUAUUAUUAUGCAUA